AUGGCGCCAUGGGCUGCUGUGAUAGUUUUGACGCUGAUUUGGUUUACUGCAUUGGACCACUAUGGAGUUUGGUGCCACAAGUUGUCAGCAACGGAGAAACUAAACUUGAGAAGGCAGUUGAAACGUUUGAGCAAACCCGCUGUUACUACGAUCCAGGUAAUCAAGAAAACUCUCAUUAGUAUUUUUGGAGUUCCAUCGUCAUAUCUUACAAUUAAGUUUCUUGAUUUCUUUUUUUCCUUUGAUUCAAAACAGACAAAAUACGGUGACACAUAUGACUGUGUGGAUUUCUACGAACAACCAGCCUUCGAUCAUCCUUUAUUGAAGGACCGAAAGUAUGAGUUCCAAGUAUGGGCUUCAAGCCAAAAGGUUGAUAUGGAUGCUUCUGACAUCGACCCAUUUGAUAUAUGGGUAAAUGGUAAAGGAUGCCCAUCAAACACCGUACCAAUAAGGAAAAUGGAACGAAAGGAGCUUAUUAGAACGAACAUGGCUGCUAAACUAGCUCACAAUAUUUCAACAGAUGCAAAUCAAGAGUUUGCUAUCCUCCGGACACAAGAGUCAAAAAGAUAUUAUGGAGGUGGAAUGAUAACUAGUGUGUACCAUCCUCAAGUUGGAAAAACUCAAUACAGUGCCAGUCGUGUCAAAUUUCAAAACGGUCCUGACAGUAUUGCGGUAGGAUGGACGGUUAAUCCAAGCUUAUACCCGGAUGGUGGGACUCGACUCUUCAUAUACACAACUACCAAGAAUUCGAAUUGUUAUAACACCUACUGCCCCGGAUUUAUAAUCCUGAGGACAGACAUACCUCUGGAUUUGCUUCUCAAACCAUACUCUACACCCGGGAAAACAACAUACGAAAAGAAGGUGUUCGUACGCAAGGAUCCCGCAAACGGAAAUUGGUUUCUACAAAUAGGAAUCAUUAAUGCAACCGUUGGAACCUGGCCACAGAAGAUAUUCACGGGACUGUCGAGCUUUGCGAAUUACAUAGAUUGGGGAGGAGAAGUUUAUAGUCCAGCGGGAGUUGCUCCUCCGCAGAUGGGUGCUGGUUAUGUGCCUGUAGCUCAGAGGCUCGAUUAUGAUUGCUAUGGCAUCCAAGUUACCGUCAUAAACGACCAGGAGAGAGUUGAUUACGAUCCUCCAUCAUUGAAACGUUACAACAGUAGUCCGAAAAAUUAUUCUUUGAUAGAUGAGGGAAAUCAUGGAGAUAUUUUCCAGCGGAUUAUUGUCUUCGGUGGCAAUAGUAGUCCUUCUAAUAAUGAAUAGAUUUUUGACGCACGCAUAAUAAGUUGUCGAUCUGCUUAUUGUUCUCUUUGCUGAAACAAUAAAAGACUCCACGGUUUUUUGGCUUUUGACCUAUGUGUGCA